AGGUAACUGGCUAGGUCACUGUUAAUGUUACUGUCAAGUUUUUGUCACUGACAAUGUCACUGUUGUAUUUGCAUAUGUCAUUGGUUAUGUUUGUGAUAUUCAUAUGGGUAAGCAGCUGUUUGAAAAAUAACUAACUAGUUUUCUAUUUUUAUUUUUUAUUUUCCAAACAGUAUUGGUUUUGCCACAAGACGGGAGUAGUGCCGCCAAUCUCUGGAAGAGAAACCGAAAAACACGGAAUAAGAAAGUGGCAAUUAAAGACCCUGAUAGAAAAAAAAAGGGGAUUUCAACACCAUGGGAAAGUUGAAGAAAAUCUUUGAUAAAGUUAAAGAAGAUGCAGAGGAAGAAGAUUCUGAGUCUAAUACAGACACAGAAAGUAAAGAAAAAAAGAAUGAUGGGCAAGAAGAUAUUGUUGAAAAUAGAACCAGUGGAAACAUUAAGGAUGAGAAGAUGGAGACAGAGAUAGGGAAGACCAAUGAAGAGAAGAACGAAUUACAGAGAAAGCUGGAGGGAAAGGAAGAAGAGCUAAGUGCUUUGAAAAAAGAAGUUGAGGAGAAAGAAAAGGAAAUUGGCAGAAUAAAAGAAGAGAAUGAGGAUGUGUUAUUGGAAAAUGAGGUGCUGAAAAUUGAGAAAGCCUCACUAAUUAACAGAGUGAAGCACUUGGAGGGCAUAGUGAUGGCACUAACUGAGAAGUUUGAGUCGCCAAUAGCACGUCCAGGUGAUGACAACGACUCAACUCCUCCUCCCCCACCACCUAGUUUCCCUCCGCCAAAACCAAAUGCCCCUCAGGACAAGCCAACUGACAGCAAGCACUCCAAAAACACAAAAUCUCAAGGUGGUAGUCAGGGAACUCAAUCACAACCUGCCUGCUCCACAGCAAGCGCAUCUGAGAUGGCAUCUGCAGCACCUCACUCAACCGACCAAGGACAUCAGUCACCACUUCAAUGCCUUGCCCAAGCAGCUGCACAGAUUCAUUCACCAACCUCUCCUGAGGUUAAAUUGAGAAUGACGGAAGAUGCUUGCACACCGAAUACUGCUUGGGUUAAUGCAUUGUUUGUGUUUCCACCUCCGGGCGUGUUUCAAACUCCACCUCCAAGAAAAGUCAGUUUGGAAGAUAUGCAAGCAGAGCCAAACAAGUAUCAGAUCAUUAUAUCACCAGAGGUUCAGCCUGUUUUUGACGUCGAACCAGUCAAUUACAUUUCUCCUACAGAACAGAUGACAAGAGCUGAGUUCAUCAAGCCAAUUUUAGAGGAGAUAUCAGGGCAGGACUCAGAAUCUAUUGGCCUCUAUUGUUAUGUGGUUAGGAUGAAGAGAAAGGAGAGAGUACAAAAAACACAUCAUAUUUUCUGGUGGGACGAGGUGAAAGAGCAAAGGCAGAGGGUGAAAAUGACCAGAAUCACAGCACAGGAAAAGAAAAAAGGACAGACAGCUGAACAGAAGCCACAGGAGGAAGUGAUACAUGAUUUGACGAUUAAUGUGGAUGACGAGGAACAAACAGAAAAAAAUGAAAUUGAAGUGAUAGAUUGGCAAAAACGACAACUGUACAACCUACUUGACAGCCCAACUAAAAGCAAACUAGAGAAGUACUGGAACAAGGCAGAACAAAGGUAA